AUGACUUUAAAUUCUAUAAGUUAUGAGCCAAUUGACAUAUGUCCAAAACAAAAAGAUUUUAAAAUAUGCAUAAAAGAGAAUAUUUCAACUGGCUUUCGGAGGAAAUUCAAUUACCUCAACGUCUUAUACGAUAUUGCUCCACCUUUUGUCAUAAGUUCAACUGAAGGAAUUUAUAUCGAACUGUUACGUGUAAUUGGAAAACACUUAAAGAUUAAGAUAAAUUUUAUAAAAGUAAAGGAACGUACUAGUGGCAUUCGCAUUUCUUCAGAAUUUAUUAAUAAUAGUACGUUUGAUUUAUAUGCCGCUGUAUUCUCUUCAAAAUUUCUAGGCCAGCUUGAUUUAACUGAUAUUGAUUUAACUGUGACGUUUACAGAAGACAAAAUAGUCUUCAUAACACCAAUAGUAAUAUUUACAAACAACUGGAGCAUUUUUUAUGGAGAGUUCAAGAAUUCUGUGUGGAUAUGUUUUGUUGCGUUACUUAUAUCUCUGUCUUUAGUAAUUUUCUUAACAGAUUACUUAGUUCCUGAGAAACAAGACACUGAUAUUUUAUCUUUUCUCCUAUCUCUGCUUUUUGAAGGUACUGUUACUAUUCGUACCAGAAAGAAAUCUGUUAAGAUUAUUUUUAUAAACUAUCUUAUAUUUGUUUUGAUAUUUACCACUAUUUAUAAAAGCCAGAUGUUUGAUAUCAUAAGAAAAGAUAACCAAUAUAAUCCUAUUAAGAGUCGCACAGAUAUGCUGAAAUUUAAUUUUAAGAUAUGUGUGUCAAGCCCAGUUGUGCUUGAUGUUUUUAAACGAUCAAAAAAUCCCAUAGAACACUACCUUGGUUGGUCCAGUAAACCUGUAUACAAGGAAUAUUGGGGCUGCAUGAACGCGUCUGCUUAUGAGAAGAAUGCUGUAUCAUUUAAAUCGUUAAUACGUCUUAAAUAUAUAGAUCCUAAUGUAGAUGACGACGAAAACUUUUAUUCUCGCAUAAAUAUAUUAGAAGAUGAUUUUCAUUCUUAUGCAUACUUCAGAUUUGCAUUUAGAAAAGGACACCCACUGCUUGAGAUUUUUAAUAAAAAACUAACAAGUCUUAAAGAAUCUGGAUUUAUCCAAUACCAGCAUAAAAUAUACGAACGACAGUUUCAAAAAGCAGUGGCUGCGGCGCAGAUAAAACAUGCUUUUUACUUUAAAGCUCUUAAAUUAAGUACUUUACAAAGUGUAUUUUUUGUAUAUUUUGUUCUAAUAGUUAAUAAACUAAAUUAUUGGUGUGUAAUGGAUGAACUAGUAGAGCCCUCGAAUGGUCAAACAAGGAAAAAGAAAAUAAGUCCCGAGAAGUGGAAACGAAACAAAUCUAAAUUAGCAAGCUCUUUUUUAGUUAUCCAGAAUAAAGAGCGUGGAGGGAAUCUAGCUUUAAACUUCAUGAGCAUAGUGUACUUUGCAGAUGACGCCGCAACCAAGGUCGACCUGCAAAAAAUCAACGGUAUACCUUUAUGUGAAGAAAUGGUGUGUAUAAACUACCAAGAAGACUCUAAGGGAAGAGAUGGGGUCUCUGGAACGUCUUGA